GUGCAUUUAAUUUCUCUAUGCUAUCUAAUACCCCUUUCUACAGGUAUUAAUAAGCUUUUUUAUUUUUCAUAAAAUGAAAUUUUCUCGCGUUAAAAUACCUGGUAUCAAACGUGUCAUCACAUUAUGUAGCGCUAAAGGUGGUGUGGGCAAGUCCACGACUUCCGUGAAUGUUUCUCUGGCCCUCAAAAAUAUGGGCUUUAGUGUGGGCCUUGUCGAUGCCGACGUUACAGGCCCCUCGAUUCCGCUCAUGAUGGGCGUCACUCAGUCCCAGGUAGAGACGUACCGCAUCGCUGGGAGCGACCGUUUUGGACCACCAAUGAACUUCGGCGUCAAGGUCAUGAGCAUGGGCCUGAUCGUACCUCAUGACGAAGCAAUAGCGGUGAGGGGCCCCAUGAUAAACAAAUAUAUUCGCGCACUUCUGUUCCAGACAGACUGGGACGAGUUGGAUUACCUGCUAAUUGAUAUGCCGCCCGGUACCAACGAUGUUCACCUUACAAUCACACAAGAGGUGAUUUUAUCCGGUGCUGUUAUUGUAUCAACACCGCAAAAAGUAGCCUUGAUUGAUGUGCGUCGUGGGAUUGACAUGUUUGUGGCCGUCAACACUCCUGUGUUGGGCCUCGUGGAGAACAUGAGCUAUUUCUUGUGCGAUAACUGCAAUAAAAAACACUAUAUUUUUGGCAAUGGUGGUGUGAAGGCGGUUGCAAAGGAGCUUAAGGUCCCACUGCUGGGCGAGAUACCUUUUGUUGAACGCAUUAUGUCUGAUACGGACGAAGGAAUGCCACCUGCACUCCGUGGUGACGUUGAGAUUCCGGCAGCAAAGCCGUACUACGAAUUGGCAAUGAAUAUCCAUGAAGUGCUCGACUCUCUAAAGGACACCGAAGGAGGUCGCGCAUUUGGGGAGUCUACAGGACCCCAAAUCAGUUUUGAAGGCAAGAAGUAAGAGAAAGAAGGAACACUAAGGACAUAUGUUGAGGGUUUAUGAGGAUGCCUUUGCUUGAUACCUCAUAGUUUUCAAUCCUCUAUUUAUCUUUUCUUGCUGUCAUGAAAUCAAUUGACCGUACAAAUAUGACGUUUUUUUAAUUAUAUCUGUAUUCACAUUUAUCGUCACUAAUCGUAAAGAUCUUAGUUUAUGAGAAGACAAUGCCUCUUUUAUAUUAGCAUGGAAGUAAAUUCUUACCAAGAUGUUAUUAUUAUAUGAUUAGCAUUCUUGAUCUAUCAUUUAUAUUUUCUGACUGUGAACCAUUAUGCAUCUACAAAAUCAAAAUCAAAUAAAAA